UUUAAUUUAGAAUUUUAUGGAACUCUUCCCUUUAUAUUAGAUUUGUUACGUUAUCCCAGUCACAUUUUACUUCUCAAUUUUAUGUUGUGGAAAUACUUGGUAAAUAGCAGAAGAAGAAGAGCCAAAACACCAAAUCCAGUUAGCACAUAUCUGAGAUGGGCAUGUCAUGACUCAUGAAAAAGCUGUCCUGCGAUGGAUAUAAAGCUUUUCUCUUCUGGACAUCAUUGCCAAACAAAUUCCCUCAACAUGUACCACCUUUGCACUUCCUUUUUCGUAAUCUUUACCAAAAACCCAUAUUUAGGCAUACCCUUUUGCGCAUCAAAUGCACUUUUAUUACCUCUAGAAAUCCCCUGGCUUGUGGUUACACUUACCUUGCCACCCAACUGUUUGAUAAAAUUCCGCAAAGAAGAGUUCAAGAUUUCAAGAAUGCCAAAGGCCAUGAAAUAUUUCAACUUGCUAAGUUGGUUAAAGAAAAGCCUGAUAUCUUAAGUACUUCACAAAUACAUGGCUUAGCGCUCAAAGCGGGCAUGCUAGCUCAUUUGCCCACUGUAACUACUCUCCUCAUCAUCUAUUCAAGAACCAAGCAUUUUAACUCUUCAUUGACUCUCUUUGCUGAAAUUAUAAGUAAAGAUGUGGUAACAUGGAAUGCUAUCAUGACAGCAUGCAUAAAGAACAAGUUUUUCGAAUUUGCAGUGAAAUUCUUUGCUGAAAUGGUGAAUGAAGGAAAGGAGUUUGAUUCUGCCACGCUUGUGAUUGUCAUUUCUGCCUUGUCUAAUAUGAGAUAUUUGAGGAAGGGGAUGAUUGUUCAUUGUUUAAGUAUGAAAAUGGGAAUGUUUUUGGAUUCGCUUUUGGGAAAUGCUCUUAUUGAUUUUUAUGCAAAAUGUAGUGAUUUAAGCUCAUCGGAAUGUGUUUUUGGAGAAGUAGAAUGUAAAGAUAUUGUUUCAUGGAAUUCAAUAAUUAGUGGUUGUAUUUAUAAUGAUCAUUCUGAGAAGUCAUUGUGGUACUUCAAGCAGAUGGCUAAUUUGGAAAAAGGCGCUGAUAGUGUGAGUCUUUCUUGUGCUAUUGCGGCUUCUGCUUGUUUAGAUGAGUUUAGAUGUGGUCAGGUUAUUCAAGGAUGGGGAAUAAAGCUAGGGUAUGAGGAAAGCUGCCACCUUUCAGUUGCAAAUUCUCUCAUUUCAUUGUAUUCCCAGUCUGGGAACAUUGAUGCCGCUGAAUAUGUCUUUAAUAUAAUGAAGCAGAAGGAUAUAAUAACAUGGAAUUCGAUGAUAAAUGGAUUCUCUUUGAAUGGAAAAGUCGGUGAAGCGUUUGAUGCUCUUCAUGAAAUGCAGUUCACAAGAACUCUAAAACCUGAUGCUGUGACGUUAAUUUCCAUUAUUCCGCUAGCUGCAGAAUUCAUGCUAUUGAAAAAAGGGAAAGCUAUUCAUGGUUUCACCGUCCGGAGAGAGAUGGGAACAGAACUGUCGGUGAUAAAUGCUCUCAUGGAUAUGUAUUUUAAGUGCAAAAGGGUCAAGGACGCUGAGCAUCUCUUCUUAAAUAUGGCAAUGAAAGAUCUAGUUUCAUGGAAUACCAUAAUAUCUGGGUAUUCCCAGAAUGGCUUGUGUAGAGAAGCUCGGUCUUUGCUUAAGAAGUUCCAUAGUUGGAACUCAGAAUGCAGCUUGUCAACUCUUCUAGGAAUUCUUCCUGCUUGUGAUUCGCCCAACUUAAUCCAAUUUGGAAGGUUGAUCCACUCGUGGGAGGUGAAGUUGGGAUUUAUAAAUAAUAUCAUCAUAGUAAAUUCCCUGAUUUGCAUGUAUAUUUCUUGUGGAGAUCUAGUAGCUUCUUUCAAUUUGCUGGAGGAGAUAGCUUAUAUUGCUGCUGUGGAUAGCUGGAAUACCAUGAUCUCGGGAUGCACCCAGAAAGGCCACUUCUGUGAAGCUUUAAAUGCUUUCAAGUUAAUGAGGCUCAAGUUCAAUAUCAACCAUGAUACUAUUACUCUAGUCAAUGUCAUACCAGCAUGUGGAAAUCUUGAAUUGACAUGUGAAGGAAAGUCAGUUCAUGCCCUAGCUUUAAAGACCUCAGCUGGUCAAGAUAUUCGUGUGCAGAAUGCUCUCAUUACUAUGUAUGGAAAACUGAGUGACGUGGAAAGUGCAAGAUUAGUGUUUGAACUUUGUUUUCAUCAUAACUUAUGCUCAUGGAACUGCAUGAUAUCUGCUUUAGCUCAGAACAAUAAUGCUAAAGAAGCAAUAGGAGUUUUCCGUUUACUCGAGUUUGAACCAGAUGAGAUCACCAUGGCUACCGUUCUUUCAGCUUUUCGACAACUUGGACUUAUUAGACAUGGGAAACAGAUCCAUGCACACCUCAUCAGAUGUGGUUUUUACAAAAAUGCGUUUGUAUCAGCUGCACUUGUGGAUAUGUAUAGCAGCUGUGGCAGGCUAGACAUUGCUCGUCGAGUGUUUCAGAAUUCAGCAGAGAGAUCUGUUGCUGCUUGGAAUUCCAUGAUUUCUGCAUAUGGCUUUCACAGCAAUGGUCAGAAAGCAAUUGAAAUCUUUCAUGAGAUGAUUGAUUCGGGACUUACUCCAUCAAAAGUCACAUUUAUCAACUUAUUAACGGCUUGCAGUCACACAGGGCUUGUUGACCAGGGGUACUGGUAUUACACUCGUAUGCUUGAUGAGUUCGGAAUUCAACCUUCCACAGAGCAUCAUGUCUGUGUAGUUGAUAUGUUAGGCCGAUCAGGGAGGCUGCAGCAAGCAUAUAAUUUUAUCAAAGACCUUCCCAGUCAACCUGAUCCAGGAAUCUGGGGUGCUUUGCUCAGCGCUUGCAAUUAUCAUGGUGAUCUUCAACUGGGGAAACAAGUAGCGAGCAUACUCCUUUUGUUGGAACCUGAGAAUGUCGGGUAUCAUCUGGCACUGUCCAACAUAUAUGUUGCUAGUGGAAGCUGGAAGGAGGCUGGAGAGUUGAGGGACAUUGUUCAUCUAAAAGGGUUAAAGAAAGCUGCUGGUUACAGUCUUAUUGAUGUUGGCACCACCUGAAACAUCAUCAAAACCUCAUGCAAAGAGUUUAUCUUCUAAACUACCACCAAGUCAGCCUGAGUCUAUUUUCUAAAUGUUCAGGCAAUCAGCCUGCUCACCUUUGAAGGACUGGCGUGGUGUAGAAAUUUUUGGUUUAGUGGAGCAAAGCAGCUAACAGAACUUUUUGUCGAGCAUCUUAUAUAAAUUAUCCAGCUUCUAUUGGCCUUUGUUGCUGGUAGAACUUGAUGAUCCGCGUUAAUACAAAAUUUUCCAAAUUAUUUCUUUUCCCCCUUAGUCUGAUGGACAUAAACAGAGCAUUUGUGAUGUUGAUUUCAUAUAGCCGAUCCAACUAGCUUGGGAUUGAGGCUGGAUAGUUGUUCUUCCCCCUUAGUCUGGUGAGAAAAUUACGUCAGUGUAGGAUGAAUGUGAGAUUUUGAGCUUUAAAAGAU